AUGCACGCGAGCGAGCACGUCGACGCGAGUGAGGCGCGCAUCCUGGCAAGCCUCGUGAGCCACCGCCGCAAGGGCCACGCCAAGACCUUGGCGCUGUGCGAAGCCUCGUUCGAGGUGUUGCCCGACCUUCCGGACGCGCUCCGUAUCGGUCUCUUUGCGUCGCCCAAGACGUACUCGGCGUACGUCCGCUUGUCGAAUGCGUCGCCUCUCGUACAGCCCGACGACGUCAAGGACGUGCGUGGCCUGUCCAUCAAGCUGCUGCACGUGCCCGGCGAGAAGAUUCCCGAGUCGACCGAGCCUCGUAGCCAGGAUUUUAUGCUCUUGAGUUGCCCGACUCUGGCCCUUGGCACGGCCAAGCUCCUCCGCGACAGCUUCCGCGACUCGCCGACAAUCUUUAAAACCAAGAUGGUCGUCAAAGGCAAGUGGCGCCGCCUCAAGGCGCUCUCCAAACCUCGCAUUGUGCCCUCGUCGCUGCUCAACAUGCCGUUUUACAGUGCGCUGCCCUUCGCGUUUGGGGAUGCCAUGGCGGUCAAGUAUGUGCUGCGCCCGACGCGAACAGCGCCAGUGCCACGUGUCAAGCCCGUCCUGGACGACUUUCUCGCAACACAGGCGCAAGCGCAGCUGCAUUGCGAAGACGUGACGUUCGACUUUGCGAUUCAAGUGCGCCGCGACACGCCCGAGCACCCGAUGCCCGUCGAAGACGCCAGCGUGCGCUGGUCCGAAGUCGCGUCGCCACCGGUCGUCGUAGCACGCCUCACGCUGCCGCGCCAGUCGUUCCGCACGGCCGAGCGCGCGGUCCUCGCCGACAAGAUGGUGUUUGAUGCUGCCCAUGCGUUACCAGCGCACCGCCCAAUUGGCAGUUUGCACCGCGCAGGGAUUGCGAUGUACCAAGCCGAACGCCGAACUUCGUGA